AUGUUAACAUCAGAAGCUACACCAACUAGGUUUACCGAAAUUAAUGGAAAUUGUUUCCCUUUUAAAUUUCUGAACUACCAAGGCAUUCUUGUAAUGUGUUUUCUCAAUUUAACGCUUCCCAGCCUUAAUGUGGAAGUCCAAUUCAAGCAGUGGGAAUACAGUGGAGGUGUAUUUAUGCACACAAGCAGUGUCUGGCAUGAACAAGCAAUUGCCAUCACACAAAGGAGAUGGCAUCAAGGUCGGCCGAAAUGCCAUUUGUCCGAUGCACAUUCUGUAAAGUUUCACAUGACAUUUAGAUACAAUUCAAUUUUUGUAAAAAGUGAAAGAAUUGUUAGAGAAGUCAUGGAAAAUUUGAGAUGGCUGUUGUGUCUUUUUGCUUGCCGACUUAUAUUUGACUCAGAUUUGGUUGAAUUGAGAACUGAGUGUCAUAUAAAUGUGACGCUGAUGACACAUCAUUUAAAAUGGGAUAACUUGAAUACAAAAAAGCUUCGGCAUCUGAGCAUUUUAUUUUAUUUUUAUUUUAUUGCAGGUAAACCGGUCACACUUACCUUCAGGUUAGGUCAUCGUCUCAUGGAGAGACCUCAUGUUUUACAAUUUUUGGCUUUGUUAGACUAUUGCCUCUUUCAACCACUUAUUUUUCUCACCCAUUUAUCACAUACUUCUACAUUUUAG